UAAAAAUGUUGGUAGGAAUUGAUGCUUUGGCUGGUGCAAAUUCUGGUGUUCUUAAAGGCAUUAGGUUUGCCAACUCAACUUUCGUUAAUUCUCGACCUCAAAAUGAAAAAGAUGAUUCUGUAAAGGGAAGGGCAAUUACUGCAAUGAGUUUUGCAGACAAAGAAAAGAGCGAGGUACUUAUUGGAAGAAAAAAUGGUCAAAUCGAUUUAUUUAAUACUUUAAGUGAGUCAAUUAAUCAACUAUUUGAUGUAAAUGAUAAAGAAGAAAAUGAAAGUAGUUCUAUUGAUUCUAUCUGUGGAGUUGAAUGUUUGAUUAAAAGCAACAAAAUUUUAACUGCUACAAAUUCUGGCAAUCUCUCAAUUUGGAAUACUUCCGGGGAAUGUUUAAAUAAAUGGAAUGCUGGAGAUAAUUUAAUUACAAUGAGGUUGGCAAGGGGGGAUUCUCCAACAGUUUUUGCUACUGGAGGAAAAGAAAAUGAAUUAAAAGUUUGGAAUUUUGAAGAUCAAAAAUGUGUUUUUACUGCCAAAAAUGUUAGGCCAGACAAUUUAGAAUUAAGAGUUCCUAUCUGGAUUAAAAAUUGCAGAUUUAUGGACGAAAAUAGUAAUUGUUUGGCUACAAGUACAGGGCAUGCUCAGAUUCGUCUCUAUGAUAUUCGAGCACAACGUCGUCCAGUACUCCAGGAAACUUGGUUAGAAGAGCCAAUAAAUGCUUUAUCUACAUGUUGUCGAGAAAAUCAUCUUUUAGCUGGAAAUAGCCGAGGAGAAUUGGGGCUUUUUGAUUUUCGUUUAUCUUCUAAAAGUAAGAACAUUUUAGACAGUCGGAUUAUAGGGAUACACCCAAUACUAAUAGAUACACCUCAAUUUUAA